AUGAUCGCGAGGGAGGACAUCGAAGAGGUGUUGAUCGUGAAGACAGAAAUCGUCGUCACAAUGACAGGAGCAGAAGCAGGAGCAGGAGUAGGUCGCCAGCAUCAUCGAGCCGACACAGGCGCAGACAUGACGAGAAGGAGCGUCUUGCAUCGAAUGGGUCUCCUUCCAGAGCAGAAAGACAAGAUCGAGGAAACCAGUCCAGACAUCAUCAUUCAUCGCAUCAUCUGCGUGGUCGGGAUCCUGUCCAUACCUCUUAUUCGCCCUAGCAAGUGCAACAUGUAG